UCCACAGUCCAAGCUCGCCCUCGCGAGUCCGACCCGAAGGCUAUCUCUCGGGAAUGGCGGAGCUGCGGGGCUUCGUGAUGGCGGUGGCGGCUGUGGUGUUGGUGGCGGUGGUGUCAUUGGCGCCGCGCGCCGCGGAGGCGAAGACGACGAUCGAGCCGUGCUCCGGAUCGGACUCCUGCCAGGCGCUGCUGGGCUACACGCUCUACGCCGACAUGAAGGUGUCCGAGGUGGCCGCGCUCUUCGCCGCCGACCCGGCGGCGCUGCUGGCCGCCAACACGCUCGACUUCGGGGCACCCGGCGCGGCGCACCGUAUCCUGCCCAUGGGCCUCUUCGUCCGCGUGCCCACCCGCUGCUCCUGCGCCGACGGCGUCCGCAAGUCCGUGUCCGUCCGCUACGCCGCGCGACCCGCCGACACGCUCGCUACCGUCGCCGACGUCGUCUUCGCGGGGCUCGCCUCCGCCGACCAGAUCCGCAACGAGAACGGGCUCGCCUCCACCGACCCCGACGCGCCGCUCGACGCCGGCCAGAAGCUCGUCAUCCCCCUGCCCUGCGCCUGCUUCAACUCCUCCGACAACAACCUGCCCGCCAUGUACCUCUCCUACGUCGUGCAGGUCGGGGACACCGUGCCCGCCAUCGCCGCAAGCUACGAGACCACCGUCACGGACGUCAUGAAUGUGAAUGCCAUGGGCAGUCCUGUGGCCGCACCGGGCGACAUUCUCGCGAUCCCGUUGCCAGCAUGUGCAUCUGCAUUUCCAAAAUCUGCUUCAGACCAUGGAUUGAUUGUAGCAAAUGGAACCUAUGCGCUUACUGCUGGCAACUGUGUGCAGUGCAGCUGUGGACCAGGCAGUCUCAAUUUAUAUUGCACACCAGCUUCAUUAUCUGGAUCGUGUCCAAGCAUGCAGUGUCCUAACAGCAAUGUGAUGCUUGGCAAUGUGAGCACCCAUCCAACCGGAGCAGGAUGCAAUGUUUCUUCUUGCAGCUAUGGAGGUUUUGUUAAUGGAACUAUUACUACAUCGCUAAGUGCAGGUCUCCAACCCAGAUGCCCAGGACCACAUCAAAUUCCUGCGCUGACUGAUCCACCUACCACUGUGAACCAUGAUUCCACGUAUCUUCCUCCGCUGUCAGCUCCUGGACCUGCAGAAGCUGGUGGAGUCAUGCCUGAACCAGGCUCAGCAAGCUCGCCGGUGCAAGGAGGGUCUUUCACACUCCCGAAAGUCUCUACGGCCAAUGGCCCUGUUGGAAGCGUUUCAGAAGCUCCUUUGAUGGAUAAACCACGUCAUAUUCUAUCUUUUUUCGUCUCUUGCCUAGUUUUCUACUUGCAGUUGUGAAUCACCACGUGAAGAGUUCUUUGUUGUAUCUUCUGUAGUGUAGUAAACUGGAAGCCUCAUUUAGGCCGGCAAGUGAGAGGUAUGAUGACGGCAAUGCUUUUGAAGCACCAAUGGUUAUCAUUACCCCCAGAGCUCUGACUUUAUUUCGCAAAA